AUGGAGCUUGUGCGCGGCCUGUUGGGUUACAGGGCCUGUCUGGGGGCAUGCAUCUUCGACGGCUCUGGGCGUAUUCUCGUGGGCAAGCGCUCCUCGGCCAAGAAGCAAGCCGUCGGCACAGGAGGGUAUGACAAGAGCGCGGACAAGGGCUGCAAGGUGACCGGCGUGUGGCGCGAGGUAUGGGAGGAGAUCGGCCUCACGCCCGACCACGGCCUCCACCUCGUCGACCAGCUCAAGGAGGAGCUCAAGCAGAGCAUGACGUGGUUCCUGUUCUACUGGGCGGACGCGGACCUCAGCAAGUGUAAGCUGGACAACGAGGAGCACCCCGAGUUCACCGAGCUGGCCUGGAAGGACUGGGACUUUGCUGUGGAGCACGUGAUGGAGGCCAAGAAGGGCGUCUACACCAAGUUGCGCGCGUGGGCCGAGCCGGCGAUUGCCAGCCACCUCGCCUCCUUGGAAUGA